GAGCACUCUGCAAAACAAGCGCUGCUCACCACGCAUCGCAAACGACCGCACAGCUCGUCCCGCGCUCUCAAAGCACGGCUACGACACAAUCCCACAAACCUGCAAUCGCUGCGCUCACGAAACCGCAGCUAAAAAACGCUCAGCUCAGCCCUCUCAAGCACAUCAUGUCUCUCCGCUACGCCGCUCUUCUAGCCCCCGCGUGCGCGUUCACGCACUCGCAGCAGCCGCGCCGCAUCGUCGUGCGGCGCGACUACAGCUCCAUUGACGACGUCUUCGACUCGGUCUUCGGGGACCCGUGGAGCCCGUUCGGCCUCUCGCGCCGCGACCCGUGGGGCAUGCGGCGCCGCUCGCCGCUCGCCCAGCAAUUCGGCCAGCUCAAGCGCCUCUCGCAAGCCUUCGAGGAGCAGCUCCAGCGCGUCGACGAGGACGACUUCCUCGCGGACACGCCCUUAGGGCAGCGCCGCCAGCUCGGGACGCCUAAGGAAGACGCGCCCACCAAGACCGACGAGUCCACGAGCUCGCUGUACGAGGCGCCCAAGGCCGAAGGCGACGCGCCCGAGGCCGUCGCGCCGGCGGCGCCGCGUGGCUACGCCUACUCGUGGUCGAGCUCGUCCGUCACGCAGAACGGCGAGACGCGGACGACGGUACGCAAGAAUUUCAAGGACGCCGACGGCGGCGCCAAGUCCUUCCAGGAGCGCUCGCUCGCGCGCGAUGGCAAGAAGCUCACGGAGACGCGCACCCAGGGCUUCGGCGACGCCGAGGCCAAGUUGAGCUUCGAGGGCGUCGACGACGCCUCGGCCUUCGAGAACGCCUGGACCACGAAGCCGGCGCUGCCCGCCGCCGAGGCGCCCGCCGCCGAGGCUCCUGCCGCCGAGGCGCCCAAGACGUGGGCGCCCGAGGCGCUCAAGCAAACCAAGGAGCAGAAGGAGGAGCUCGCCGCCGACGCGGAGAUCGCCAAGCUCAAGGCCGAACUAAAGGCUUUGCGCGGAGACGGUCCGUUGCCGCCGGCCGAUUACGGCACGACCCAGGUGUAGGCCGCCGUCGCACCACCAUGUCCUGUCCUGUCCCGGACUCCCCGCGCGCCCUAAAAACCACCCCGCGAGACGUCUAAAAUUUUACUAACCUU